AUGGCGGAUGGAAGCCGGACUCAGAUGAGGGUUGCCCUUGUUAGCGUCGAGCGAGAGGUGCUAGAUCUGGCGAGGGCAACCCUCACUCGACGUAGGGGAGGGCGGCCCUCGUUGGUGUCAGCGGCGACACCGCCGCCGCCGGCCAUUCGCAACGCCAAAGAACCCGCGGCCGGCGCCGUUGCUGCCCGAACAAACCAGAUCCGAGGGAAGAGGGCAGCGGCGCGCUACCCGACGCCGUCCGAGCCGCCGCCCUCCGCACGCCAUCCCAACAAACGCCUCGCCGGCCACCACUACGCCGUGCCUCCGCCUCGCCCAGAUCUGCCGGCCACGCCUCUGCCCAGAUCUACCAUGCCGAAGCGCGACCCCGCUGCACCUCCAUCGUCCGUGAGUGUCGACGCUGCUGCUUCUACUCUGCCGGUCCGCACCUCCUCCGUCGCUCGUGCCGCGACAGCACCGCUGUCGUCACCUUCCCACUCGAGCGCCCCAACAAUGCCAGAGAUCGAGCGCUCUUCGCUCCACCACUGA